UCCGAUUCGCACCAUUUCUAUCCUUUUUGUUUUUUCGAUUCUCAUUUUCUCUAAAUUACAUUUCAAUCUACACAGAUCCAACCAAACCCCAUUUUCUUCUUCAUCUUCUUCAUUUUUCUCCUUUAGGGUUUCUUUCUUUUUUUGCUAAUUUGCGCACUACUUAUCCUGCGCCGUCGCUCUGUAAUGUUGCCGGCGAUGCGUACAACUACUUUUCUCAUUAGAAUUUCCAGGUAUAGGACUGGCUUUUGAACGAGAAAAUACGGAUUGAAGAUACUCGAACAUUCGGGUUUUCUCUUAAUCGGACUCCUUAUGGAUGGUCAGAAAAGUCCGUUGAAGCUUACAAGAACUCACUCGUCCUUACUCCGUUCUUCUCCGACUUUCCGAUCGUCUAUUCAUAGUUUAUCGUCCAUCACAGAGGGGGAGCUCAUCGCCGUCCAUCAGGAGGAUGAUGAUGAAGAGAAGCAGAGGCCUAAAAGGCCACGUAGGUCCGGUUCAUCGCCGAGAACCGGAGUGAACCGAUUUGCGAACCGUGUUCUUGCUACUGCUUUGUUCCUUUGCUUUACCUUCUUCUCCUUGCUCUUUGCGUUCUUCUUUUUGAGGAAGGAUGGGUUACUUCCGUCGGAAAACUUGUUGUUGGCCUUGAUUUUUAUUGCUAUUACGCUUGUAUUUGUGAGCAAGAAUAAGGGGUUAAUUUUACAUAUUCAUUCGUUUAUCAAGCAUUCCUGGCAUCGGAACACGACCAGAUUUUGUUUCUCCAGGACAGAUUCGACUCCGGUCCAGUGGUACAUUGGGGAUUCGAACGAGACCGAAGACGACGCCGAAAAGCAGAGGAAAAUUAUUAGAGAAGGCGUAGAGUUCUAUAGCAAUGGCGAUUUCUACGAGGGAGAGUUUCACAACGGCAGUAGUAAUGGAAGUGGGGUUUAUAACUAUUUCCUAAGUGGUAGAUACGAAGGUGAUUGGGUCGAUGGGAGGUACGAUGGCUAUGGGGUUGAGAGCUGGGCGAAGGGAAGUCGUUACAGAGGCCAAUAUCGACAGGGUCUUAGACAUGGAUUUGGAGUCUAUAAGUUCUUCACAGGGGAUUCCUAUGCCGGUGAGUGGUGCAAUGGCCAAAGCCAUGGCGUUGGGUUUCAGACUUGCGCUGACGGUAGCUGCUAUGUUGGCGAGUUCAAGCGUGGCGUUAAACAUGGCCUUGGAUGCUAUUACUUCAGAAAUGGAGAUAGAUAUGCUGGUGAAUACUUUGGUGAUAAAGUACACGGUUUUGGAAUCUACCAUUUCGCGAAUGGCCAUUGUUACGAAGGAUCAUGGCAUGAAGGACAAAGGCAAGGAUAUGGCACAUAUACUUUCCGAAACAGUGAGGCGAAAUGUGGCGAAUGGGAUGGUGGGAGCUUCAAGCAUCCUCUCUCACCACUAAACGAUACCGUUCUCCAAGCUGUUCAGGCAUCAAGAAAGGCAGCAAGGAAUGCUAUAAAUCUUCCCAGGCUAGAUGAAGAAGUGAAUAAAGCCGUGGUUGCAGCUAAUAGAGCGGCCACUGCGGCGAGAGUCGCUGCCAUCAAAGCCGUUCAAAAUCGAAUGGAUGGUAAAUUUUGCGAUUCUGAUGUUUAAGGCUUUUGCUUUGCUUGUUGCUAAUUUUACAAGGCAGGCAAAAAAAAAAAAAAAAAAAGAAAAGAAAAACCCUGGUGGCUAAAAACUCACCGGAGGUGUUUUUAAGUUUCUAUCAUUCACACUUCAACCUGUAUAUAUAACCAUGUACAUUAAUGAAAUAGAAAGCACUUUUCUAUCUCA